AUGCUAUCACAGGCUUGUAUACGUAUUGUUCCAGGACUGCUGAUUGGAGGAAUGAAGCGCAAAUCACAAAAAGCGAGCCUGAGGAAGGGUAUUAAUAUUGUAAUUGGCACACCAAAACGCAUUCUAGAUCACAUAGGACACACUACCACACUUGAUCUACAAAAAAUACAGUGGCUGGUUAUAGAUGAAGCAGAUCGUUUGUUAGAAAUGGGGUUUGAACGAGAUGUCAGGCGUAUUGUUGAAAAGUUGGUGCAACAAUCUAAUUCUUUCACUAAGGAAAGUGACAGCGUACCAAAGACUCAAACCGUUCUUUUGUCCGCUACAUUAUCACCUGGAGUAGAAGCUCUUGCUGGUCUGACCUUGAAGAACCCUGUUCGUUGCGUGGUUGGUGAAAGUAGAAUGGAGUCUUCCAAUACUCAUCUCUCUAUGCCAACAGACUCUAGAGAAGGAACAAAUGGACAAAUAAACGACGUCGCUGAAUUUUCCCUGCCUGCUGGAUUAAAACAUUUUGUGCUGGUUGUACCCUGGAAACUGAGACUUGUAUCACUAGCAGCUUUCUUGCUACUGAAGUGUAGGUACCAUAAACACGGGGGAAAACUUAUCGUUUUUAUGGCAACUCAAGAUUGUGUGGAUUUUCACUAUCAUCUUUUCAAAGCAGUACUAUGCAACAAAUCUGAAGAGCUUAUUUCCAAUAUACCUGUUGUAAAUCUCUCAGUUCAUCGACUUCAUGGAAGUAUGGAGCAUAAAGAACGUGAAUCAGCUUUUCAAAGCUUUGCUAAUAGUCAAGCUGGUGUUCUGAUCACUACAGAUGUUGCAAGUCGAGGUUUGGAUCUAGCGUCAGUAGCUUGGGUAGUACAGUAUCAUGUGACUGGAGGCCCUGUAGACUAUGUGCAUCGUGUUGGACGAACUGCACGUGCUGGAGGUCAGGGUAAAGCACUUCUCUUUCUAGAAUCUGCAGAACUUGGUUUUAUUGACCUUUUGAAGUCAAGAGUUGGCAUGGAGAUAAAUGAAAUAAGUUUAUCUGAUCUACUUCAAACUGUUCUUUUUCAUCUACAAAAUACUAAACGUCCUGGAAGACAAAGGCCUGAUGAAUGUACAACUGUUGAAGAGGGAACUAGUCGACUGUUUCAUUUAUUUCUUGACGCUGUAGAUAAUGAUGACGGUUUGAAUACACUUUCAGAAUUGGCCUACAUAUCAUUUCUACGAUCUUAUGCAAGUUUCUCUGGAGAAUUACGACCUAUAUUUACCUUCAAACAUUUACAUUUAGGUCAUGUAGCCCGUGCAUUCUGUUUACAAAAAACACCAUCUGAUGUUGCUGCUCGUGUUAGAGGUCGUUUUAUAAAAACUGAUAAACAGAAAAACACAACAGGAAAUAAACGAAAACAUGAUGAUUCGAGUGAGAAUGAAAUGGAUCCUCGUAAAUCAAAAUAUUCGACAGCUUUAUCGUUCGAUGAAACUUCGAAGAAUCCAACCGCAAACUUUACUAAACCAUCUGAUUUGGCUAGACGUAAUAUGCUUGCAGAAUAUGGUUUAUGA